AUGGUCGAAGCGACGAACAAGAAUGCUGGGCAACCGAGAAAUUGUUCCCUUGAUCGUCCACCUAAAGCCGAGCAAGUAUUGCAACUUGACAACUGUGGCUGCAUUAUCACUGAUGAAACAGUAUCUGAAACAUUGGCAAAACCAAACCACUCCUUUUCGAAACUAACCCACUUAUCCAUUGUCGGUGCAUUCGAUCUUUCUGAUGCAGGAUUACGGUUACUUGUUUCUUCGGUAAAAACACUUACACGUAUAAAUAUAAGCAAAUGUAUAAGUCUCACUGCUACUGCUCUUGACAUUUUAGCAGAUUCAUUUGGAUCAACUCUGGAAGAGUUGUAUAUGGGCAAUUUCAAUCUCAUUGAUACUCACAGGACUUUGCAAGCCUUGAAGAGACUCAAACAAGUAAAACUGUUAUCACUAGCUGGUAUUCGAGAUCUUUCGGAUGGCUUUAUCCAGGAUUAUAUCAAAGAACGCGGUCGCGACCUUACGACUCUGGUUUUAAAGGACUGUGUAAAUCUGACCGACGUAUCGAUGAAUUCCAUUUCUUCUGUUUCUCGUAAAUUGCGUACGCUUGAUAUUUCAAAUUUAGGAAAAUUGACAGAUUUAUCUCUAGAAUUUGUUAAGAUUAGACUUCGAGGAUUGACAACAUUGAAGCUCGAUCACAUUCCGUUCAGUGAUAAGGCAAUUGCUGUUUAUUUGGACUAUGUUGCUGGCGAGAACUUGGAAGAACUCUCCCUUAAUAGCAAUGAAAAUGUUGGCUAUUUGACAGCCUUUUCACUUGGAACAUGUGCCGAAAAGCUGCAUACAUUGGAUCUAUCACACUAUCAAAAUCUCACGGAUCGUGAUGUAGGUAUGAUUGUCAAUGGCUGUUCGUCGCUGAGGACACUUACAAUUGUUGGAUGUUCAAAGUUAACAGGUGAUUCUCUCAGCGGAAGCGACAACUUAGAGAUUCGGCAUUUGGGAUGA